AUGUAUGUUGCCGACAUUUUCGUACCGCACGAGUGUUAUGCACUUGUGAUCCUUGGGUUCCUCUUCACUUGUCUCGCUUCUCUCUUUGUAAUCUUGAGAUUUAUUACGCGGGUUUGUUUGGUGCGGAGUCUUGGUGCUGACGAUGGGUUUAUUAUUCUUGCAAAUCUCGGCGCUUUGGGCUUCUUGAUUGCUGUUAUGCAACAGGUUCGAUUUGGUCUCGGACUACCACCCAACCCGGAGCUACUCUCGCCCAUCAUCCAAGCUACGACUGCGAGUGUGAUAUCAUACACAAUCUGCCACCUUGCCAUCAAAUUGUCCAUCGCAUUCCAAUGCUUUCGCAUCUUCAUCACAGCCAAGGCCCGACGUCUCUUUAUCAGCCUCAUCGUGUACUUUGCAGUAUAUGGGACACUUUGUCUUAUGUUGACCGUCUUUACCUGCUACCCUGUCGCGAAAUACUGGGAUGACUCGAUACCAGGGAAGUGUCUCGACAAUAGAGCUUUACGUUAUGCAUUUGCUGGAAUCAACAUCGUCAAUGACAUCGCGAUUUUGGUGGCUCCUAUGCCAUUUCUUCGGAACUUGCAGAUUGCACGGAAGAUCAAGGUCGUUUUGAUGUGUGUUUUUGCAGCUGGAGCAGUUUCAGUCUCUAUAUCCCAGCGGCCAGCUAAAGGUGUCGACAUCGCCAUAUGGUCUGGUCUCGAAUGCAACAUCGCAAUCAUGUGUGCUUGCGUACCAUCUCUCAAGCCCUUGUUCUCGAGGACUUUUCCAACUUUCCUUGCAUCUUUACAAUCGUCAAAGUCACAUCCUUCCAGCAAUCCUCAUUCUCCAGGCAGCUUACACAUCUACGACAAUACUCCAAAGCCUCAGCCUUUACCUCAAGGCACAGACUUGGAAAUUACUGUCCAACAGUCCUUUGAGAUGAGGACCACCAUGGCUGCUGAUGAUGAUGCGAGUGAGAAGAACUUGGUUACGGUGAACACGGCACAGUAUCAUACGAAAAGGAUGUCACAUAGUGCACUGGGCUAG